CGACCUGCACAUGAGUAAUUUUAGGCGCGCUACAGAUGUUUUGGAGAAAAUUUUGAUCUUUGAUCUGUCUGAAAAUUUUUGCAAAGUAAGCAAUUAAAAAGAUGGCAAGCAAACAGAAAACCAUCGCAGACUUUUUCAAACCCGGAUCUAAGAGAAUGUCUUCCGAAUCAAGCGAGAAUAUCGUGGAAGAGCCCAAGCCAAAGAAGCCCAAGUUGGACGAGGACCUAGCCAAAGACAUCGAGGUUCUGUGCAAAGAGCGACCGGCCUUGCACAAGAGCAUCUGCCAGACUUGGUUUUCCAUUCUCAGGGCCGAGUUCGAGAAACCCUAUUUCUUAAAACUAAGCCAAUUUGUGGACGGGGAGAGAAAAAAGAACAAAGUCUUUCCUCCACCCCACAAUGUCUGGUCGUGGACUUGCACCCCCUUUGACCAAACCAAGGUGGUCAUUCUCGGACAGGAUCCCUAUCAUAAUGAUGGACAGGCUCAUGGCUUGUGCUUCAGCGUUCAGGAUGUUCAUCCGCCUCCAAGUUUGGUCAACAUUUUCAAAGAGCUGGAGAAGGAUAUUGACGGGUUCAAGCAUCCUGGUCAUGGAAAUCUCAAUGGAUGGGCCAGGCAGGGUGUCUUGCUCCUCAAUACUGUACUUACUGUGAAGGCCCACAAUGCCAAGUCGCACGCCAACCAGGGCUGGGAAACUUUUACAGAUGCUGUGAUCAAAAAGAUCAGUGAAAAGCUGACAGGGAUUGUGUUCCUUCUGUGGGGAGCUCCUGCCAUCAACAAGACCGUAUUGAUUGAUAAGAAAAAGCACCACAUCUUGACGACUUCCCAUCCGUCUCCACUUUCUGCUCAUAGAGGCUUUCUCGGCAGUCGUCACUUUUCCAAGUGCAACGAACUGCUGGAAAAACAAGGCAAAACUCCUAUCGACUGGAAGAGCCUUCCUGCCAACUGAUCCCCAAAACUCAAAACGUCGACUAGGCUGAGUACAGACCUGCCUUUGAUACUUUUUAAAAAUUUUAUCCUCCAAAGUCCAGGGUGAUCAAUCAAGAAGUAAAUUUCUGGCGUUUGUUUUUUAUUAAAAAAGGAAAAGUUACAUGUCGGUUACAAACAAUGGAUUUUUUUUACGUCUAGUUCCUUUACAAAAAUCACUCCGCUAACACGCAACACACUUCUUCUGCGAUUACACACCAGUUUCUGCAAAAUAAAAAUGCUCAUUUCCCUGCUAGCGGAACUACAAAAAACGUUUUGUCACUAUUUCAAG